AUGCAUCACUUUAAGGGACUUGGAAGCAAACUAUCAUCCUUUGCCUCUAAAGAAAGGCUGAAGGAAGAGCAGUACUAUUUGAAGAAUGGAAGUGCAGUAAAUGCCAGUGAUGUAUGCCGAGAUAUAGCAAUUACUUCACGGAUGAGCCAUCUUAAGAACGUGCUUAAACUUAUCGGCUGCUGCCUAGAAUAUGCAGAACCCGUUAUGGUGUAUGAAUAUGUUGAGGAGGCUAUAACUCUUGAUGAUUUACUUUCCAAUAAUGGUUAUGCUAGAAAUUCGUCCGUACCUUGGGAAAGUAGACUGCGGAUUGCCAAUGAGAUCGCUUCAGUAAUUGUUUUUCUCCAUAGUGAAUUUACUACGCCCAUCGUUUUCAGAGACCUGCACUCACAAAAGGUGUUAAUAGAUCAGAGUAGUGGUGUUGCCAAACUGUACAAUUUCUCAUUCUCUGUACCAUUGCCUCCGGGAGAAUUGAGAGUAGAAGCUCAAGAUAGUGUGCGCGGAACAUGUGGCCAUCCUGAUCCAGAAUACUGCUGCUCAGGUAUUGUUACUCAAAAAACUGAUGUCUACAGUUUUGGAAAUGUUCUCUUGCAGCUAUUGACUGGAAAGAGAGCGUAUGUACAUGAUGGUGUGAUCACAAAAGUUGGGGAAACGUACUUGGAAUCCAACAUUGAAGAGUGUGAUGUAAUGGAUAUAGCGAAUCCUGACAUUUUGGCUGGAGAACGUGGAAUCCAUGAGAUUCGACAGCAAUUGGAAGACUACUUUGAUCUUGUUAAGAGAUGCACGGUUACAAAUGGAGAUGAUAGACCAUACAUGAUUUAUGUUGCAAGGGAAUUACGCAGAAUUGAGAAGUGUUUUCGUGCCAUCAGUACUCCUGGUCUGAAUUAG